AUGCAGGACCGAGAUGCAGAACUUGUCCAGCAGCAAGAGGCCAUGCAGCAGCAAGCAAAGAAGCUGAAACAGGAUGCCGAGGAGAUGAUUGAGGUGUUGCUUUUGUGGGGUGCAGAAAUAGGCACACAGGCCCCCAAAAGUCCUGGUCAUUUGGACAGAGGCGAAGAAAAUUCAAACUGUUGGUUUCCAGGGAAGGGCAUUCAGCUGCUCUACUGCUAUUUAGUGUCCGGCUUCCUGGUCAGUCUGCUAACUUUCAGUUGUCCCUGGCUUCAGAUGCGGAACUCAUUACUCCAGGAGCAAAAGAAGUGGGAAGCUGACACAAAGGUGGCUCUGCAGAUUCAGCGGCAGACUCUGGAGGAAGUGCACCAGAAGAUGUGGGCAGAGCUCCAGGAAACCCUGGAGAAGGAGAGGAGGAGUUGCCUGGCUUUGCAGGUCAAAACAGACAGCCUGCACAAAAGAAUCCAAGAGUUGGAGACUCAGGCCCAGUUGCUUCAGGGGGAAAAGAGCACAGCGUUGGAAGAGCUCCGGGCACUUCUGCAAGAGGAGAAAACACAGGCACUGAGCCGGCAGCAAAAGGAGCUGGAGCAGGAGAGAGUUCAAGAAAGAAACCAGAUGAGAGCAAGAGUGCAGCAGAUGGAAGUGGAUCAGAGAGUUCUGCAGGCUGAGCUGAGAGGGGCCUCCUUCUGGGGGCAGGGGAAUCAGACACACACGGAAUGGACAGAUGGCUCCCUGGCCAGGGAGGUCACUUCAGCCUGCCAGCAGCUCCUGGACCUGCUUCCCAAGCAAGCCAGCAUGUCCCGCCUCUCCCGGAUGUUGCCUGGAAUUCCAAGUGAUAUUCCUGGGCUAUCUUCCAUGGUUGCUUUGCGGUUCCAUUCAUGCUCAGAUUUCCUUUUGCCUCUCCCAAGGAGCUCAGCUUUCCUUUCCUCCAGCCAUGCGCUCCAAGGCUUGCGAGAGGUGAGUGAAGCAAUUCAGCGCUACCUCUGGGACUUAAAGCAGGAAAUAGAGACGCUGAAACACAACAUCCUUCAAAUCCAGAGGGAGAAGGAGCAACAGUUGAGGCAGCAACAGAAGCAGCUUCGCCUGGAGAGCCAGUUGAAUCUAGAAGUCCUGAAGGAUCACGUGGUCCAGGAGCACUUGAAAGACAUUGCUGCCCUCCAGCGCAGUUGGUGGGAGAAGAGCACGGGGGAAAUGCAUGCGCUACGCAAGCAGCUGCGGGAGAAGGACGAGGAACUGCGGGCCAUUCAGAGAAACAUGGCCUGCUGGAAAGAUAAGAUGGCCUCCAAGCUGGCCCACAAGUUCCAGGCGCAGUUGGAAGCAGAGCUCGAGCAGUGCCUCGCCAAGGACAAAUCCACGGACUUCUUCAGGAACCUGGAGACAACAGAGUCAGAAAUCAGCUUCCCCUGCAUGCACAGUCUGUGCUCAGAGACAGAAAAGGCAUCCGUGGCCAGCACCACCCUAGCCAACACAGGAAAGUAA